CUGCGCCUCAGCCAGCAGUCAGCCUGCGGGAGACAGAGCCUCCACGACUCCCAGCCGCCUCCUCCCAACCGCCGCCUCCUCCUCUUCCUCCUCCUCCUCCCUCGCUCCCACAGCCAUGUCUGCUUAGACCAGAGCAGCUCCACAGCCAAUUCAGGCAGCAGCAGCAGCCGCCGCAGCAGAAGGACAGCUGCCGCUCGGGAGCUAUGACAGGAGUGUUUGACAGAAGAGUUCCCAGCAUCCGAUCCGGCGACUUCCAAGCUCCGUUCCCAACGUCUGCCGCCAUGCACCAUCCUUCUCAGGAAUCUCCAACUUUGCCCGAGUCGUCGGCCACCGAUUCUGACUACUACAGUCCCGCGGGGGCCGCCCCGCACGGCUACUGCUCUCCUACCUCUGCUUCCUACGGCAAAGCGCUUAACCCCUACCAGUACCAGUACCACGGCGUGAACGGCUCGGCAGCCGGCUAUCCGGCCAAAGCUUACGCCGACUACAGCUACACCAGCCCCUAUCACCAGUACGGUGGCGCCUACAACCGCGUUCCAAGUGCUACCAGCCAGCCAGAGAAAGAAGUGGCGGAGCCAGAGGUGAGGAUGGUGAAUGGUAAACCAAAGAAAGUUCGUAAACCCAGGACUAUUUAUUCCAGCUUUCAGCUGGCCGCAUUACAGAGAAGGUUUCAGAAGACUCAGUACCUCGCCCUGCCAGAACGCGCCGAGUUGGCUGCCUCUCUAGGACUGACGCAAACACAGGUGAAAAUCUGGUUUCAGAACAAAAGAUCCAAGAUCAAGAAGAUCAUGAAAAACGGGGAGAUGCCCCCGGAGCACAGUCCCAGCUCCAGCGACCCUAUGGCGUGUAACUCGCCACAGUCACCAGCGGUGUGGGAGCCCCAGGGCUCUUCCCGCUCUCUCAGCCACCACCCUCAUGCCCACCCUCCGACCUCCAACCAGUCCCCCGCGUCCAGCUACCUGGAGAACUCGGCUUCCUGGUACCCAAGCACAGCCAGCUCAAUCAAUUCCCAUCUGCCGCCGCCGGGCUCCUUGCAGCACCCGCUGGCCCUGGCCUCCGGGACGCUCUAUUAAAUGGGCUGCUGGCUCUCUGUCUUGCUCA